GGGGCGCUCGGUGCCGGGGCACAGCGGCCCGAAUUACGCACCCUGCCCGGUCCCGGCGCUGCCCCGCUCUCCCUCUCGGUGUCCCAGCCCCGAUCCUCAUCCCCUGCCCCGUCCCUGUCCCCCAGCCCUGCUCCCCUGGCCCUGAUCCCCCCCUAAGCCGCCCUCCCAGUGGCUGGCGGGCAGCCCCGGACAGCCGGAUAAGGGCACCCCGCACACCCCGUAACUCCGCACCCUACACAGGGCAGUGUGAGCCCGUGAGUGCCGCGGAGCUGCACGCGUUCCUGGGCCGUGUAGAACCCGUGUCUGGUGCUCACACGUGCUGCACGCUGCUCUCAGGGCUGCCUGCAGGCCCCUGCCAUCCUCGUGUAUCCUUCACACCACCUGCGAGGUUCUGUGUGCUGCCUGCUGUGGGGCUGUCACAGCCUAGAGCGGCCCAUGGCACGAUGCUGGUGACCAGAUACGCCUCUUGCACAUUUUAGGGUGGUCAUCGCAGUCACUUGCUUUCUGGUGCUGGGUCUUGCUUUGUUUCCUGCUUACAUUUCUGGGAUCCUUUCAAUGGUGUCUUCUCUGGAUGGUGUUUAUAGCAGCUCACUGCUCAGUAUCAUCUAAUGACAAUUCCUUGUUCAAGCUGAAGUUUGAGAGAUGCUGUAAAACAAGACCCUGAAGUUCAGCUAAGUUGGCUCUUGCUUGUCUCAUCAAAAAGCUUUGCCCAGUGAUUCUUCUGAAAUAACUCUGGGCAAGCCAGUGUCCAUCAUUCAUUGUGCAGGUGUGUGCCGGCUCCUUUACCUGCCAGUUUUGUCUCUGGGGAUAGGAACAGGGUUUAUCCUGUUCUCAGCUCUGGCUGUGUUGUGCUUUCUUGCAGAGAAAAUCAGUGCCUUGUUUGCUCUACCCAUUACUCAGGCCCUGGUUUCUCCUUGGCACUGUGUGUCAGCAGGUUAAUAGGUUCAUCUCUGCACUGGCCAGGUGACUGUGUCUGUGUGGACAUGCUGUUUUUGCUUUUCCUGCAGCUGUUUUUGCAAGGCCUCUGCCUCAUUUGCAUUUUUCUGUUUAAAAACAGUGAUUUUUCCCUUUUGAGUCAUCUUUAUUUUUGAGACAUCAUUAAUUUUCUCUGCCUCCUUGUUUAUUAAUAGACCUUUUCACUUUUGUGCUGAUUCUGCCUGGUUAUAUUUGUAAAGUCCUUUGUACUCCCCUUAGCAUUCUGGCUGUUAACUCCUUCUGCUGGUUUGUUGUCCCUUCCCUCUCCCGAGCCCCCCUGCAGCUGUGAGGGGACACUAUUGACUUUCAAAUCAUCUUCCUGUCUGCAAUGUUCCCCUUCUCCUGUUCAGGUAUCUCCUAAGAGCAUCUAUAUAUCCAGGUAUCUCCUGAGAGUAUUGCGGGUGAAAGGCACGAUUGAAAUCUCUGAGUGCCUUUGAUGCUUUUGCCACCUCCUCACACAGCCAGUGUUGCUGUGGCUGCUGAGAGCUCUUUCUCCUGGCAGCAGGGGACAGGACGCCUUAAAGCCUGCAGAUGCAGCUCUUUGCUCCUUGAAUGCUUUGCUUUGCCGUGUACCAGUGGCUGUGUUCAUGCCUUUGCUCUGUCUCCACCAGGUAUCCAGGUCCUUUCCUGGCCCCGUUGCCCGCUGGUGAGCCAGGUGGCCUGGGCUGGAGCUCUGCUGAGAGCAGGAGAGGUGCAGGGUAGCCAAAACCUCUGACAGUCCUUGCUCAGGCUGCCAGGGGCUGGUGUUGUGCAGUUGGGCUGGCACCAUGCAGCAGGAGGCGGAGGGCGGCCGGGUGCGCCGCAGGAAGCCUGACAUGGCCCUCUACGUGCCCAAAGCGCGGCGGGAGAGAGAGGCACAAGCGGCAGGCGACACACGGGCUGGGCACCGCCAGGAGCCCGAGAGCCACCGCCGGGAGCCCGAGAGCCACCGCCUGCUGCAGGAGCCUGGCUGGGCUGGUGGCGAGGGGCAGAGGCGAAGCCCCCGUGCCAGAACGCAGGCAGGCAGAGCAGCAAGGAGGGAGAACAAGGUGGAUGCUGGCCCAAAGGAGCUGCGGACAGCCUCUGCCAGGCACAGCCACAGGACGAGAGGCGGCUGCCCUAUUGCACUGGAAAGCCUGGAGGCAUCACCCGGCGUGUGUGAGCCGUGCCCAGAUCCAGCUGGUGCUCAGCACUGGGACAGACAGGACAAAGCAUCUCAUGAAGAACCCAGAGAACUCAGCCACGAUCACAGGAUAAGGACUGAGCCUGACCCUCCAUCCCCACAGAAUGCCCAGGCUGGGGCUGUGAAGGCUCCCCCUGAGCCUGGGGAUGACCCCACUAGCCCAACACCCGCUGCUAGCCCAACAUUGGUUUGUCAGACAGGUUUGAGUGGGACGUUGGAGCACUUGGGGGACAGCACCCUAGAUCCAGCUGGAGACCUCUCCCAAAGCCUGGGAGAGGCUGCCCUGCAGUCAGCAGCGGGGGGCAACCAUGGCAGUGUCCCCCAGUUGGUGGGAGAGACAGUGGGUCUGAAAGCCUGGGAGGAGGAGACGGGGAAGGAGAGGGGGGAGGAGGGGUCUCUCCUGGCAGAGCAGAGCAAGGGUUGUGCCACUGGGGUGCCGGAGGAAGAGGAGACAUGGGAAGGCAGAGCUGAGCUUCCUGAGGAGAGCACCUUGUGUGCAGCAGGAGCCAGCUGCGAGCCCGUGUUCCUGAGGGGCAGCGUGGGGGAUGUUCCAGUGCUGCCAGGGGAGAGCACUCCACAGCAGGGCACGGGCAGCCCAUCCCAGCUCCCGCCUGCCGUGGAGGAGAGCACUGCUGGUGCUGGGGAUCCCAGCGGGGAGGGUGACCUGGUGCCUGCUGUAGGGGAAGCAGGCAGCACUUCUGCCUGCACAGAGAGCAGUGCUGCAUCUGAGAGCAGCCUGUGCAAGGGAGCACCUCUGGAAAGCUGUGAGCCCCCAGUGCCCCUAGAGCAGCUGUGCCACGGCAUGGAGGGGAUCUCACCUGCAUCCUGGGCCAAGGAGCUGGCCAAGCCAGCUGAGGAUGUGGGCUCGCUGCAGAAGGACCAGGAGGCUGAGGAAGAAGAAAGAGGUCUCCACAGCAGCUCCCUUAAGGAAGGACAGAGCAGUGCCAGUGCUGAAACCCUGAGCCAGACCAGCCCAGGUGCUGAGGAGAGCUGGGAUGUGCUGUUCAACGAUGAUGGGGACUGCCUGGACCCACGCCUGCUGGAGGAGCUCUCAGGGGGUGAGAAGCACCAGGAGAGCCAGCAGUCACCCCGCUUCAACUACUAUGGGGCCGAACCUGCUGCCCCAGACAUCAGUGACGAUGAGCUGCCCCACGUCAUCGAGAUCUACGACUUCCCCUCGGACUUCCGCACCGAGGAUCUGAUGCGUGUCUUCUGCAGCUAUCAGAAAAAAGGCUUUGAUAUUAAAUGGGUGGACGAUACGCACGCCCUGGGCAUCUUCUCCAGCCCCAUAACAGCACGCGAUGCCCUCAGCACCAAGCACCUGAUGGUGAAGACACGGCCGCUGUCCCAGGGCACCCGCGCCUCUAAAGCCAAAGCCAGGGCAUUUGCUGAGUACCUGCAGCCGGCCAAGGAGCGCCCUGAAACGUCAGCUGUGCUGGCCAGGCGGCUGGUGAUCGGUGCCCUGGGGGUACGGAGCAAGCAGACACCGGCACAGCGGGAUGCAGAACGGAGGAAGCUGCAAGAAGCUCAGGGCAGGCAGAGCGCUGCGUCUCAGAGCUGGGACAGAUUCUGCACUGCCUCCAGAAGCACUGGGCUGCUUCACCGAAAGGGCUGAGCAGCGUGUGAGCUGGUUGGUGCUGUGGGGAUGCUGUUGCUGUCAGGCAGCACUGCCCACCCUGCCCAGGGCAGAGCCCCCAAGGCUGCCAGCCCCAGCAGGAGCGACAGCAAGACGCAGGGAGCUCAGCAGAGAGCACGGGGGGCUCUGUGGGGUGGCCCUGGCCACCUGGAAGGGCCUUGUGAGUGAGAGUUUCUGUCCUUUAUUUUGCUAAUAAAUGCCAUUUAUUUUA